AUGGCAGGAUUGAAGAAGGCUUCCGCAAGUCCCCCGCAGUGUCGGUACUGCGGGCUGGACGACGAGAAGCACCUAGCGUACUGCGCAGCUCCAAAUUGCGGGAGAUUUUUCUGCAAUGGAACGGAUAAAGGGCACAAAAACAGCCAUUUCAUGGCUCACUGCGAAAGCAGUGGACACACUGCCGUGUGGAUUUUACGGGACGGUGUCAGCGGUGCAGCCAAGGAAAAUUGCAGCUACCUGGAGGCCAUCCUUAAUAACUGCCACAAACCAAGCUGCAGGCAAUGCGCUUCUAACGACAUCUUCGUACUCGGCACCCAGGACAGCAAAAAUCCAUUCGAUCCCACAAAGACCGUGUGCAUCCACCACGCUGGCGUCGGCGUAAAGGGGCCGAAAAACCAGGCGUGGACACCGUUUGUUGAUGUUAGAAGGAGCAUCCGAAAGCCGACAGAGAUCACUCUGCGACGGCUUUGCCAUUGGCUGGUGGCAGCCGUGCCACCGGGUGUCGUUCAGCCGAACUGGGCAGCCGAUCUAUGGGGCUUGGCGGACCCGAAAGUGGCUAUCGAAUUGCUGGAACAAUUCUGGACCGUCCAACCGGCCGGCACAAAGACGGAGUUGCAGGCGUGGAUGGUAAUGGAACGGAAUAAACCGAAGGACGCCCCGGUCGCCCCCGAGAAGAGCCGCGAUGAAGCUGGUGCCGGCACCUCGGACGCUGAGCGGAGCGAGCUCUCGCUCCCGGAUAUCUCACGCGCGGUCGAUCCGGAGGAGCCGGAUAACUCAUUCGAAAGAAUUUCUGAGCCGGCCAAUUCUUCCCAGGGUUCGAAUGGGGGAGCCGAAGCAGGUAUUGGACAAGAAAAGAUGGACGAACCGGCUCCAGGGACAAACCGCACUCCGACGUCUCCAACCGUUGUGGUAACGCUGGACGUGAAUUCUGGAUCUUCCACCCAAAGUACACCAGGCCGGGACGAAACCUCACGCGCGGGGCCGAGCCGAAUUGACACGGGUCGUCCUCGCGGCGCGGCGGUUAGCCAAAAGCGUCGACCGCUAAUGGAAGACUCGGAGUUCAGUAUCCUCCCGACGCCCAGCCGGGAACCGAGUGAAUUGUCUCACCGGGGUGGUGCCAGCCAGCCUGCUCAUGAAGCCGUGUCGGCGCUGAACGAGUCCGUCUUCGGUGGACAUUUAAUUGGAGUAGUGAAGGUACCGGACGUGAAUUUCACGGACGAAGGGUUGGAUAAGCAGAAAGCUCGGCUGCUUCGGUCAGGAGAUCAUCAGCAGAGAAUCUCUGUCAAAGUAUCACGCACUGGUCUCCAGAUUUCAGAAUAUCUCGGACCGGUUGGAUACGAUCAUCCGUUAGCCGAGGUAGUUCAUAUAUGGAGCGACACCAGGGAUUUGCAUUGCUGCGGGUUUGUAUGUGGAAACCUCGUUGACGGCUUAAUGUUCUAUGCUCUGCGAACGGAUAAACGGGCCGAUUUUGUAGUCGGUGCCAGCUUUCGAUUGUUCCGAUCAAAAUCGCGGCAAUUUCAAGAACGUCUUCCGCACGGCGACCGAAACGCCGAGAAUCGCGGCGAGCAGCAGGAGAUGCAGGACGUGGUGGGCUUGCCGGUCGGCGCACCGAUUUCGCCAGCACCAUCUCUGAAUGGCGAGACAUCGAAUAGUGCAGAGCACGACGUCGAAGCCCCAGACGACGAAUCAGAUGACGCAUUCGAGGAGUCCGACAGGAGCAGUGAUGAAGCAGAGGUGGAAACGGGGGAAAGCUCGCUGAGCACUCCGGAGCUUGCCUUUAAAGGAAUUGCGGAAUUAGUCGACUUCAAGAAACGCACGGUGACGGGGUGGGAUAACUUACCCAAUUUGCGAGAAGGAAUGACUUUACGCGAAGCACGGGCUGGUAAUCCGCCGUCGCCUCAGCCACCGCAUCUGGACUUCUCCCAGUCGGUUUAG